CCCGCGCCGCCCCCCCUCCCCACGUGGCGCCCAAACUCGGCGCGGGCCCGCUCUGCAAAGUACAGAACUCGUGUCCCAGUGAAACAGAAGAUGAACUCAACUGAUUUCAGUGAAGAUAUAGAAGAAGUUCUAAAAACCAACAUUGUGAAAGUGGAGACAGAGGUUGAAGAUGCUGCCCUGGAUUGCUCGGUGAAUUCCAGGUCUUCUGAGAAGCACCCUCUGGACACUGUGUUCACUGCCCUCCAUGACUCCAGCAAGCGAAAGCAGCCGGGCAACGACAGCCAGGCUGACUCCGUCCCCAGCGUGAAGCGGAGGCGGCUGAUUCCUGAGGCUCUCCUAGCAGGCAUGAGGAACCGGGAGAACAGCUCUCCUUGCCAGGGCAAUGGAGAGCAGGCCGUCAGGGUCAAGAUCUUGGGCCCUGUGUGGCCAGGUGAGGAGGAGCCUUGCAACGAUGUGACCAUCCCGUCCUAUAAGAAGCCUCUGUAUGGCAUCUCACACAAAAUCAUGGAGAAGAAGAACCUUCCUGCAGGGGAUGUGCUCAACACAUACGAGCUCUUUGAGAAGGCAAACCCCAGCAACAGCCCUUCUCCCCUGCGGCUCCUAAAUGAGCCACAGAAACGGGACUGUGGCAGUGCCGCAGCAGCCACGGAUGGCGAUCCCAACAUCUACUUUCUGAUCCAGAAGAUGUUCUACAUGCUCAACACUCUUUCCUCCAACAUGUCCCAGCUGCACAGCAAGGUGGACCUGCUCUCUCUGGAGGUGAGCCGCAUUAAGAAGCAGGUUAGCCCCACAGAGAUGGUGGCCAAGUUCCAGCCACCCCCGGAGUACCAGCUCACGGCAGCGGAGCUCAAGCAGAUCGUGGACCAGAGCCUGUCCGGCGGCGACCUUGCCUGCCGCCUGCUGGUGCAGCUCUUUCCGGAGCUCUUCAGCGAUGUGGACUUCUCCCGAGGCUGCAGUGCCUGCGGCUUUGCAGCCAAGCGGAAGCUGGAGUCGCUGCACCUGCAGCUCAUCCGCAACUAUGUGGAAGUCUACUACCCCUCAGUGAAGGACACCGCUGUGUGGCAGGCAGAAUGUUUGCCCCAACUGAAUGACUUUUUCAGCCGCUUCUGGGCCCAGCGGGAAAUGGAGGACAGCCAGCCCGCGGGCCAAGUUGCGGGCUUCUUUGAGGCUGAGCAGGUGGACCCUGGCCACUUCCUAGAUAACAAAGACCAGGAGGAGGCCCUGAGUCUGGACCGGAGCAGCACCAUCACCUCGGACCAUGUUGUAGACACGCAGGACCUCACCGAGUUCCUGGAUGAAGCCUCCUCACCCGGUGAGUUCGCUGUGUUCCUUCUCCACCGGCUCUUCCCAGAGCUCUUUAACCACCGGAAGCUGGGUGAGCAGUACAGCUGCUACGGGGACGGUGGCAAGCAGGAGCUAGACCCCCAGCGGCUGCAGAUCAUCCGCAACUACACGGAGAUCUACUUCCCCGACAUGCAGGAGGAGGAGGCCUGGCUGCAGCAGUGCGCCCAGCGCAUCAACGACGAACUGGAGGGCCUGGGCCUGGACGGGGGCAGCGAGGGGGAGCCCCCGCGGGACGACUGCUACGACUCCUCCAGCCUGCCCGACGACAUCUCCGUGGUCAAGGUGGAAGACAGUUUCGAGGGCGAGCGGCCGGGCCGGCGCUCCAAGAAGAUCUGGCUGGUGCCCAUCGACUUUGACAAGCUGGACAUCCCGCAGCCUGACUUCGAGGUGCCGGGCGCCGACUGCCUGCUCACCAAGGAGCAGCUGCGCAGCAUCUACGAGAGCAGCCUCUCCAUCGGCAACUUCGCCUCGCGCCUGCUGGUGCACCUCUUCCCGGAGCUCUUCACCCACGAGAACCUGCGCAAACAGUACAACUGCAGCGGCUCCCUGGGCAAGAAGCAGCUGGACCCGUGCCGCAUCAAGCUCAUUCGCCACUACGUGCAGUUGCUCUACCCCCGCGCCAAAAACGACCGCGUCUGGACGCUGGAGUUCGUGGGCAAACUGGACGAGCGCUGCCGGCGCCGGGACACGGAGCAGAGGCGCUCCUACCAGCAGCAGCGCAAGGUCCACGUGCCCGGCCCCGAGUGCAGAGACCCGGCAAGCUAUGCAAUCAACCCCGAGAGGUUCCGAGAGGAAUUCGAGGGGCCCCCACUGCCCCCCGAAAGAAGCAGUAAGGACUUCUGCAAGAUCCCCUUGGACGAGCUGGUGGUCCCGUCGCCCGACUUCCCGGUGCCUUCCCCCUACCUGCUGUCAGACAAGGAGGUGCGCGAGAUCGUGCAGCAGAGCCUCUCGGUGGGCAACUUUGCUGCCAGGCUGCUCGUCCGGCUCUUCCCCGAACUCUUCACCGCCGAGAACCUGCGGCUGCAGUACAACCAUUCCGGGGCGUGCAACAAGAAGCAGCUGGACCCCACGCGGCUGCGGCUCAUCCGCCAUUACGUGGAAGCCGUGUACCCGGUGGAGAAGAUGGAGGAGGUGUGGCACUACGAAUGUAUCCCCAGCAUCGACGAACGGUGCCGCCGCCCCAACAGGAAAAAAUGCGACAUCUUGAAGAAAGCCAAGAAAGUGGAAAAGUGACGGGCACCCUGGGACUGAGGUUCUUAGGAGCCUGCCUAUGGUUCUCCACAGACUCGCACCUUAUGUCAGUGGGGAGUGGCUUACUACAUUUGCACACCAAACACCCUCCCGACCACACGAAAGAGCCGUGCAUCGGUCUCUUGUACUUAGACUUUUGUCCUGUGUUCUCUGGUGGUGCAGCCAGAGUUUGUUGAAAGCAGAGGUCUCAGGAGUAGGGGAUCUCUCUCCUUGGCUGUGUGUCCCCCCCCCCCUUUAAUAAUUUGAAAUGCAAACUCAACAACUCUCUUGUUUCUCUUCCCACAUUUUACAUCUUCCAUUUUUAUCAAAUUUUUUUUAAUUAAAAAGAAACCCUUUUUUUUUUUUUUUAAAUCAUUGGGCUCUUUGGGGGCCAUUUUACUUUGAAGAACUCUCAAAUAUUUGAGAUGAAGUACUGUAAGAUGAUUUCAGUUGCUUGGAUUUUUUUAAAAGAUGAUUUCAGAUUUAUGAAAUUUUUAGAAGUGCCAUGUUCAUGCAUGAAGGCUAGUAGUAGCUUCAGGUGGCAUAGGGACCAUCUCACGGACCUGUCUUUUACAUCUGAUUUUAGAAGUCAGGAUGCCCCUUAGAUGACAGUAAAGGGGCUGGAAUAAUGGGAUAGUCUUUCCGAACAUGGUCACAUUCUCCCUUCCACCAAGGUUGGAGUGACCGCGCCUGCUUGCUGUUGGCACUUCAUAGAAUGUGGUGCUCACUCUGUAGACAAGAACACUGGAUGAUGAUGAUGAUGAUGAUGAUGAUAUGAAUGUAGAUAGACGUGGAAACACGUUCACAAUGUCUUCAUUUGAGCUGUGUCCUUUCACUGCCCCUUCCCCCUCCUCAAGGGGAUGCUGGCCGAAGGGGUGAACACAUUUCCUUGUAAACUGUGUGCGGCUUCUUGUUUAAGGAUGGGCCCCUUUAGGCUCAUUGAGAACUGUUUACUUUCCAUGUGGUGUAUUUGUACAAAACCCAGUUCCAGGAGCUGUAUGGUGACCUCACCACACCUCAGUGUUAGCUCCUCCAUUUAGUGGCACGUCCUGAUUCCUCAGGGCAGGCCCAGGCCCUCUUGGGAAUACCUGGCAUUGGAAGGACACAGGUCAUCUCAAAUGAGGCCCCCAGGUCCCAUUCCACACUCACUCAGAGCUUUCCCCUCCGUCCCCUAGAGGUCCUGCUGUCCUGCAUCUGCCCGGUGGCUUGGCCUCAGGGUGAAACAUCUCUUCCUACUGGUUGAGAAGGUCAAAGUGCUCCAGGCCAGUGGCAUGCUCUCCAGGAGUCCGAACCAGGAUCUCCCCAACAGGUAAAGUCCUUAAAACCAAGACAUUUUCCUGCCUGACUUUGGGGUCCAAAUGCCUAAGAGGGAGAAGGAAGUGGUCUAACCCACACUGAAUACAUCAUACCAGAAACUUGGAAAAAUCAUUGAUCAUAUACAAAAUCCUGUAGAGUGUUAGAGAUUUAAUAACCUAAUGGCUUACUAUUUUGCCACCUUAGAAAUGCAGAAAUAAUAGAAACAAUCUGUGAAUUUUCCUUAUAUAGCUGGUGAGGACUUCAGUUUCAGUUGAUCAUAUGACAAUUUUGCCUGUUGACAGUGGGCUUUUUUUUAAUAUGACAGGAUUUUGAGCAAUGUAGACAUACUGACCUGAAUUCAGUAAAUUUGCUUUUAGUGUCAUUUGCAGAUUAUUUCUGUUGAAACUGCAAGCCUACAUUACUGAAAUUUUAAAACAUACAGGGACUUUAUGGCUCUCUCACAUACCCAAACCUGCCCACAUGUGCACAUACACAUUUCAUACUAGAAAACAUUUAAAAUGACGUGAAAGGGACCUGCAUAAAUUACAAGUUCGGCUUCUUUGUGCCUGCAAAGAAGGGUCUGGUGGAGCCAGGAGAUUUACUUUUCCCCUCACUUGGGGCUUUCUCAAUGCCUUAGUCUCUUCCCCACAUGCACAUGUGUGCGCGUGCAGACACACCCCUACCCAAAGACGGCGCUGGCACUCUCACCCAUGUCCUUGCUGGUGCUGAGUGCCAUGGAAUUUGUUCUGGUCUCUAGGAUGUAUCCAAGAGGAUUCCAAGCCAUGUGAAAAUUGCCCUGCUUCUAGAGGGAGGAAUGUGGCCCGGCAAUUUCAGAAGCACAAUCAUUUAUUAAUAAUAAAAAUCCUAUCUUAUUCACCUUAGAGAAAUUAACAUGUUCUAGGAAUGAAGAAUUCCUCUUUAUAACCUGAAGCAUGUUCAAUUUUUGGAAACUAUUUUGGGGGUUUCCUCCGUACCUUCCCUGUGUAGGGCUUCUCCCCCCAAAAUUUUCGAGUCCUUUUCUGUGAAGAGAGGUGGACAUACUCUGGGAGCUGUUUCCUGUCCCUCUGUAUUGUCUCAUCAGGAAACGCCUGCAGGUCCUGUGUGUGUCUGUAUGGUGUCCUCAGUUUCCCUGACAUACAGGUGGGUCCCAGGGCAGUUUUUUACAUGAAGCAAUAGAAGUACAAAAUAACCCUUUUCCCGCCAAAUUUAAUGUUUUCUAUAAAGUCUGGGCAAACCCCUUCUCCCUCCCCAUCUAAAGUUUUUGGUUUUCACUUGUUUGGUUUUUGGAUCCCCCCCGCCCCCGCCUUUCUAUCUGGAGGACUAAAGAUUUAGGACACAUUCUGAUGUUAAGUAAAAUAGCAAGUCACAAUAGGUGGUAGUGUCCCUCGUUUUCUGUUAGUAAGUUUUCAAAGAAUGUAUGAAGAUAGUCAUGAAUGUACUGAGUUCUCACCCUUCUUCGGUUCACUUUGGCUGUGUCUACACGACGGCAAACAUUUGACAGGGAACACACCUGUGUCUCCCGUCACGGGCUGUGUGCCCCUCCCCUUUUGAUCCCAACCUGCCUUUUUUGUGUAAGUUUCAGGGGAGGGGGCCCAGAUCCGCAGCAGCCGCCGUCAGCGAACCGGUGGGGCCUACCUGGCAGGGAAUGGGUAGCUGUCUGGAAGAGUCGCUGGCCUAACCACAUCACAGCUUGGCCAUUUGGGCUGCUGUGGAGAUGGCUUCAGUUUCCACCUUCCCCACCAAAUGUUUGCUUCUUGCCUGAUUGAGAGGGGGUCUCGGGACCCCUGAUUGGAGGUCACUGAGCUCUCGCCCUGCCUGACUGUGUAGCUAGACAGUAUGAAGUGGGGGGUGAGAGCCAAGGACUCUUACGCCAUUUGGAAAUACUCGCCUCUCGUAGAUCCAGCCUUAAUGUUUUUCUGACAUCCUAGUGAUAGCAGACCCUGCACAAAGUGGAUAUCAGAGUUAAUACUGUGAGGAGACAAAAUAAUGAGAAUAGUUUUACCAAAGAUAAUGAAAAUAUCGCAUAAUGUCUGUUUUACCAUUGGUUUGAGUGCAUCCUUAGAAAACUGAAUGUAACAAAAACCCAGGACAUUUUUGGAAAUUGUAUGCUCUCUAGCAACUUUGUGUGAAUUUUUAUACAAGCACUGUUUUAUGAGUUAUAUAAAAUGUUAUAAAAAUAGAAAAUAUGGUCUCGUAACA